AUGGAACCAACAUUAUGUUUUCGUCUAUGUGAUACACCUGUAAUUUAUCUACAGAGCACAGUUUGUCGUUGUGCUGGCGGUGGCCUCAUGCAUUAUAGUCGACAAAAUGAUGACCUAUGUAAAAUACCAUGCGCAAAACCGGUUGAUCGUUCAGUAAAAUCAUUGAAUACAUGUGGCGGUUUAUCAACAUAUUCAGCAUAUGUCGAAGAUAAUUUUUUUACUCGACAUGGACAUUUGUUUGAUUAUCAAAUUAAAUUUUCCGCAUGCGAAUUGUGGAAAAUUUCCGAUAUUUAUGAUAUAGAACAAAUAACGUUACCUGACGUUGUUGCACGGUCAUCUCUAAAUAGAUUAGAACGAUGUGCUGCUGCAUGUUUAGAUAAAAAUGUAACAACAAAAUCGAUAGGUUACAAUGAAGAUAGCAGCAAAUGUUCAUGUAUAAUGGUAUUGAGAAACAGUAGACAAUUUGACCGAAAAAAUUACAUACAAAGUUUACCAAGUACCGCAUGCGAUCUUUAUUGCAAUAAUACAUUUGAAGGUUCGAAAAUUUCACUUAAAUAUCAAUGUGGCUCAUUGAACAAUUCAAGGGUAUGGGCUAUCUAUGAUAUAAAUGGCACGUGUCCAGUGGAUUUCGCCUAUAUACCAGAAUUAAAAAAAUGCGUAUCUACAAAGAAAUUUGUUUAUAGUGCAUGUGACCCACCAGCAGUUAGUUAUGUCUAUGAUGGAACUGUAACAUGGGAUGUUUUCUUAAAAGUGAUAGGUAAAUUGGAAUUGAAUAGUACCACUAUUUCCAUGGAAUUUCACGAGGACGUUGUGGUCGACCGAAAAUGGAAAUGCACCAGCACACUAUCAACAACAACAGAAUCCGAUCUUGAAUUGAAAUCUUAUUUGGGAAGUCCAAGUUAUUCUUCGAGUAACUACUGGGGUGGAACAUCUCGCAAUAACGAAUACUCAUAUUCUAAUUUAAAUAGUUGGCGUAGAGGCUCAUCUUCGUAUGGUUGGCAGUCAACCUACCGCUAUAUUUUAAACAAAGGCUGCUUACUUGAAGUUCCAUCGUCAUCUUUUGUAAGUCGAUAUUCGCAUCGCUUAUGUACAACAGAUUCAGUUAAUAAAUAUUCGUCCAAAAACAGUGAAGCUAAUAAAACUUAUAUUGCUUCUGUGAAUCCGCAAAUAAAAUAUUGUCCUACUGAUUGGUUUGAUUUAAACGGACGAUGUUAUCGUAUUUCAGAGGAAACUAAAACCAUUGAGCAAGCACGAAACAGUUGCGCUAGUGCAGUUGGUGGAGGUGAAUUAAGUAAUACAGCAACAAGUGACAUAGUUAAAUAUGUAUCAGAAUGGCAAGCUAGACUUGGAUUUUUUCUUCUGGAUACAGAUCCUGAUAGUGAUGACAAAGAUCCAGAUGCAACAACAACAAUGAAAAGUUUUUAUUAUGAUGAAGCUGCAAAAUUAACGGAUAGCAAUGAUACAUCUCUUCCCGAUCAUGAAGCCAUCAAUGAAUUUCAAUUAAUUGAUGCAAGUGACAACAAAACUUCAAAUAACACAUGUAUGAUUAUAUCACGUGUAAUAGCCGAAGAAGAAGAGCGACCAUCUAUUAUAAGUCAGCUGAAGAAAAACUGUACGAAACCAAGGCAUGUUCUAUGUGACACAAAUACAUUGGUUGUUGAAAAAUUUCAAGUCAGUUGUUUUAGUAAGCCAUACGUACUUGAUUUACCAGCAUUAGUAUCAAAAACUCAACUAACACAUGAAUUAUGUUUAUCCGUAUGUCAAGAAUUACAAACAAGAUUAGCUAUUUUGCAUAUGGACAAAUGUUAUUGUUUAAAUGGUAUUACUAACGGCGUUUUAAACAUCACAGUAGAUUUUGAAAAAUUUCGACAAAAAUCUUGUGGAAAUCCUUGUCCAGGAAAUACUAAUGAAUUGUGUGGUGAUAAUGGUACAAUAGUUGUUUAUCAAAUUUUGAAUUCACGUCGCACACAAGCAACUGUGCGUAAGCCACCUGAACCAUUUCCACUCUUUGCUUAUGAUAGCUGCAUAAGUUUACCAUCGUUUGAUCAAUCAACAGUCUAUCAAUUUAAACUGACUAAUAAGUAUGAUUUUCAUCCACGGUAUUGUUUAGAAUUAUGUGCAAAAUAUAAACAGAAAUAUGCAUUAAUCAAUGAUAAUGAAUGUUUAUGUACGAAUCGUGCCCUGAAAGGGGCAGAUCCCGAUGCUGAAAUAUUAACUGGACAAUCUUGUUCUCAACCAUGUGCAAGCAAUUAUUUUUAUACAUGUGGAAAUAAAAUGAAUGUCACUGUAUAUUCAAUGUAUGUAUUACAACCAAAAUGUCGACAUGGUUAUCUUAUUGCUCAAAAUGAUGAGCAAUGUGUUUUUAGUCAUUUUUCUGUUAAAAAAAAUUCUCUCGCGGAAGCAAAAAGUUAUUGCGAAUUCAUCGGAGGUACAUUAGCAAAGAUCAAUGAUACUGUUGAACUUCAAGAUAUUCUACCGGAAUCCAUUUUGUAUACGAUUCUCAUACAACGAUUUCGUUUGUCGUAUAAGUUUCGACUUGUUAACGAUACAAGAUAUUAUUGGAUCGAUCGUACAACAGAUAUAGCCGAUGAGAAAACAAUAUCAACGCGUUUACUAAAGCAAUGUUCGACAAUUCCGGAAAAUGUUAAUAGAAAUUGCAUUGCAGUAACAAGUGUACCGAACAACAAUGACGAUGAAGCAAGCGAUGAAAGAUGUAUUACUGAAUCCAAUGAAUGUACAAAAUCAUCAGCUAUGCCAGUGUGUGUUGAUAAAAAUUUAGAAAGUAAACCAACAUUGAUUCAACCAAUUAAAGAUGGCGAUCAAACGUCAGUAACAGUUGAUGUUAUAACCAGUUAUGAAUGCGAUGACCCAAAGAACGAAUAUCAUUUAAUAGAUGAUUAUUGCUAUAAAGUUUCCGAUCAUAAAACAAGUUGGAAAGAUGCUCAAGAAGAAUGUCGCCGUGAUAAUGCUAUGGUAUUUAUUCCUGAAAAAUCUGUUUCAUUACAAUACGUAAAAACCUUGUUUCUACGUCAACAAACUUAUUCAUCAUCAGAUGUUAUACAUGUCGGCGUUCAUUAUGAUAUGUUAAAUAGAACAGUUAUAGAAAGUGAUGUAAAAAAUAAUGCUACUGUAUCAAUUGUACCAGAUUCUAACGCUAUUUAUGAUAUGUGUGAAAAAACAUUUCAUGAACGUUAUGCCGCGCUAAUGUCAUCGACAAGUUUAACAACAAGCGAAAAGAAUGGUUUCAAAACACAGCAAAUUGGUUGUGGAUACAUGAAUUUCGGGUUAAAUUCUAUACCAACUGUUUUAUGUGAUGAAAUACCUUGCAAUCUAACAGCAACUGUUAUAUGCCAAAAACUACCAACUAGUAUAAUGAGUAGUAAUAUUAAAGCAAAACAAGAAUAUGUUAAUUUACCACCGACUGAGUCUGUAACAAAUAUUGCAUCGACUACACUUGUAAUCAAUACGGAACCAUAUUCACCAACGGAUGCGUCUCAAGAUGGUACAACUGAGAAAUCUAUCGAUGAUCAUAGUACUAACAAUGAGACUGAUAAUGAUAAUGAUAAUGAUAGUGAUAACGAUACAGGCUCUAUUGGAAGAGAUUUCGCUCCAUUAUUUUUAAUUUUAACUAUUGCCUUUCUUCUUAUACUACUUGGUGUUAUAAGUACAGUAUACAAUCAUCGUAAUACAAUAUUUCGUCAUGUUCCACGACGUAAUCCGAACUCUGUUUAUUCUCAAUUAACAUCAGCAAAUGAAUUUGAUUUAAAUUGA